CUGCCGCGGGAACAAGCGAAACUGUACGUCCUCCCCUCCAGUCACUCCUCCACCUCCGCUCCUUCCCUGGGAGAAAUGAAGAGGUUGAAAUAGAAAAUUAAAUCGCACUGGCUCUUCCGUCCGUCCCUCCUCUUCCCCUUCUUCUUCCCAACUCUUUCUCGACGUCGGUUCGGAGAGGAGGCGAGCUGGCCGUCUGAUCCGGACCAGGUCUCGCGCUUUGGGAUCUGACUCGUGGCCGGAUGUCGGAAGCCUGCUAAUAAUGAUGGGACGUCGUCUCCUCGGCUUCGCCCUUUUAUCUACUGUUCCUUCCACUAUUCCGCCUUAAAGGACCGUGCCUCCACGCGGAAAUGGAAGCUGCUCCUCCUCCUCCUCCUCUUCUUCUUCUUCGCCUUCUUCCUUGCCAGAUCGGCUGACCUCCGUCGCCAUCCAUCCACGUCGCUAAUUGCCAGUGUAAUAUAUAUUCCUUCUGAUCAUUGUGCUUUCUCGGUCGCGUAGAUUGAUUUCUUUAAGCUCGAAAAGGGGUGCGAUCGAGUUAGUUGGAAAUUAAGCCGGCGAGCGAUGGAAGAUCUGUUCUGCAUCCACCCCGGGAUCUUGCAGAGCGCCGGGCACGGCGGGGAGGCGACGGCGAUGGGGUCGCUGACCAGCGAGGCGUCGGAAGUGACGGCGGGAAGCAGCGCCGCCGGCUCCGAUCUGACCGACAUGCUCAAAGCCCAAAUCGCGAGCCACCCUCGCUACCCUGCUCUUCUGUCCGCCUACCUCGACUGCCGAAAGGUCGGCGCGCCGCCGGAAGUCGCCACGCUGCUGGAGGACAUCGAGAGCGGGAGGCGGGCCGGCUCCACCUCUGCCGGCGAAAUCGGAGCCGAUCCGGAGCUCGACGAGUUCAUGGAAUCGUAUUGCUUAGUGCUGCUGUGCUACAAGGAGAACCUCUCCAAGCCCUUUGAAGAAGCCUCGUCAUUCCUCAACCACAUCAGUGCGCAGCUCGCCACUCUCUGCCCUUCUUCGUCGUCCAAACCCGCCGCCGCAGCUGCCAUGAACAUGGCUCUACAUCCAGGAGUCUCUGAAGAUGAUCUAAGUUGUGGAGGACUGGAAACGUCGGAAGGCCAGGAAUGCGAUCCAUCCUUAGCUGGCCAUGACUUGAAGGAAAUGCUGCAGAAGAAGUAUAGCGGCUAUCUGAGCAAUCUGCGCAAGGAGUUUCUGAAGAAGCGGAAGAAGGGAAAACUGCCUAAGGAUGCCCGAAUGGUGUUGUUAGACUGGUGGAAUACUCAUUACCGAUGGCCCUAUCCGACGGAAGAAGAUAAGGUCAAGUUAGCUAAGAAGACAGGCCUUGAACAAAAACAGAUAAACAAUUGGUUCAUCAACCAACGAAAACGACACUGGAAGCCUUCAGACGACAUGCGCUUUGCACUGAUAGAAGGUGUCAACAGCGCUUCCGGUGAGACCAUGUUGUGCUUCGAUAAAGACUCCAUUGGUUCUGAAACAAAAUAACUAGCGAUCGAUCAGCAUGUUGCCGCAGAAUUCCUGUAAGAUUGCAUCGGCGAAUUUGUGCUUUAUAGUGUUUUGAAUUGUUGGAUGUUAGCUAGUUAUCGUAUGCUCUUACGAAAGUUGUAUAGUCUACAAACAUAAAAUAUUUUGGUAGCACUAUUGUAUGCUCGGUAAACCAGAUGAUGCGCCCUUCAUGGACGACCCCUCCCGUCUUAGUUGUGUGAGCCUGCUAAUCUUGCGAUGUACACUGAAAUCUCUAAAGCAAGAGCUAUGCAAGCGGUUCAUCGAAGAUUCUAAAUGACAAUACUAGGGAGUCUUUUUUCUUGCAAGUGAUCAAUGUUAGAAUGUCUCUUAUAAGUUGUUUGUCAUAGAUAUAACAAUCAUAUAAGAUCUUGAAUUAAGAUUUUAAAUCAUGAUUAUGUUUAAUGAAUACAUGUUGUGGUGAUUAUCUUCA